AUGAUCACAGCAGCUUCCCCUGGUGGGGACUGCGACUACAUAUUCAAGAUUAUUGUCAUUGGCGACAGUGGCGUUGGGAAGUCUUCCCUUACGGUGCGGCUCUCUGAGGAUGUUUUUUACAAGGAUUACGCAUCCACCAUCGCUAUUGAUUUUCGAAUGCACCAAAUGACGUACAUGGAUAAGCGUGUCCGCUUGCAAAUAUGGGACACAGCCGGGCAAGAGCGGUUUCAGUCAGUGGCAACUGCCUUUUACCGCGGCGCCAACGGCGUAAUGCUUUGUUUUGACCUUACACAUCGACCCUCAUUUCUACACUUGGAGCACUGGAUGGAACGCGUGCGACAGCAGUCUCUUCCCGGUAUCCCGUGCUUAUUGGUUGGAUGCAAAAGUGACGAGGCCCGCACUUCGCGGCAGGUAUCGAAGGAAGAAGCGAUGGCAUGGGCAAAACAACAUGGAAUGUCGUACAUUGACACGAGCGCAAAGGAGAAGGAGAAUGUACAGUCUGCGUUUCAGAAAAUAGCACAGGAGAUAUUCGAGGAUAUGAAGGAACGUACAGGAAAGGGUCUGUCCCCAAGUGGUGGUGCAGGGGGAGCUGGUAAUGGUGUCAGGUUAGCCGGAAACGAAGGGCAAAAGGGCUCGAAGCGUGGUGGUUGCUGUUAA